CGUACUGCGUGAACGUUGCCCUCGUCAUAUCGGUUCACGGCCCUUUAUCGGAAGUAUAAAAGCACUUGACGAUCGCGACGUCCGUUAUGGUAAUUUUCGUGGUUGCCACGUGAUUCGUUGUCGUUAAAAAUCGAACUCGGUUUGUCUAAAAAUACCUAAAAUAAAGAAAUUAAGAAACAAUUUCCCUAAGCCUUUUUUUAAAUUAUGACCACCGUGACUUCAGGUCGUCCGCCAUUGAGACCGUAUGUGGAAUACCGAAUUUGAACACCCUCGAGGCGGUACGUUAAGCCGACCCGCGGAUAAGGACUAGACCCGAAGCGCCGACCACAAUUACCAUGAAGUGGCGUGGGGCUCAUGAUUUUUCCAUCGCGUUGGCCGUAUCCGCCGUUUGUUUUAUCGGCCAACUGACGCUCGGCUUCCAUAUAAAAGAAUGCGACAAACCCUUGGGUAUGGAAUCCGGUGCCAUACCGGACUCGGCAAUUACAGCUAGUUCGUCGUACAAUGUACCCAACGUUGGACCAAGCAACGGAAGGUUGAAAGUAGAACGAGCUGGAGGAGGAUGGUGUCCUAAGCCUCCGGUAGAACAGGGGGUUCGUGAGUGGUUGCAAGUGAGUUUCGGAUCAGUACACUUGAUCACCGGAAUUCAGACUCAAGGGCGUUUCGGUAAUGGACGUGGCCUCGAAUACGCUGAAGAGUACACAUUAGAGUAUUGGAGACCAGAAUUCGCCGAAUGGAAGAAGUACAAGAGAUGGGACGGCAAAGAGAUUAUGUCUGGCAAUACAGAUACGUCAACAGUGGUCCUGCAUCAUCUGCUGCCACCAGUAUUUGCAACUCAAGUCCGGAUAUUACCGUACAGUAUUCAUAGGCGCACUGUUUGUCUGAGAGCAGAAAUCAGAGGAUGUCCAUCUGACCAUGGUAUAAUCAGCUACACAAUACCAAUAGACAGUUCUUCCGGCGAUAAUACUGAUGGAGGGGAUUCGUCUUAUGACGGCGAAAAACGUGACGGCAAAUACCAAGGAGGACUUGGACGCCUCGUCGAUGGCAUAUACGGAGUGGAUAACUACAAAAUGGAUAUUGGUUAUGGCAAAGGUAACGGAUGGAUUGGUUGGCGCAAAGAAUCGUUCACGAAAGGUUUCAUAGAACUGAUAUUCGAAUUCGAUGAAGUGAGGAAUUUUUCGGCAGUGCACAUAUUCACCAACAAUUUUUUCAGCAAAAACGUUCAGGUGUUCUCCAAGGCGCGAGUACAGUUCAGUAUCGGCGGUCAACACUUUCACGGCCGAUCGGUCUGGUACACCUAUAUGCCGGACACGGUGCUCGAAAACGCCAGAGACGUUGACAUACAGCUACACAAUCACGUGGGCAAGUUCGUGAAAAUCCAGCUGUUUUUUUCCAACAAGUGGAUUAUGAUUAGCGAAGUGAAAUUCGACUCAGAGCCAUUGCCUGAAAACUGCACGGUGGACGCUGACGCACAAUUCGAGGAUGAGCAGCUGGUAGGAGGAGCGGUGGACCCACCUUGGGAAUCGCCCGACGCCACCACGCACAAGGAGAAAGACGGCAAAGACAGCGGGCUCGUGGAAGUGCUGAUCGGCGUGCUGACGGCCGCCACACUGAUCCUGUUGGGCAUAUGCGCCAUCGUGUUGGUGUUGAGCCGUCGCAAAAAACACCAGACCAUCAGCUCUUCGAUAUUCAAGAAACCUUUCGGCGUUGCCAUCAACAUGAAAGACAUAUUCAUGAACCUGUCACCGCACAACACCACCGCCAAUGCCAACAUCAUCAACAACAACAACAUCAGCCGGCACAUUACCGAGAACCCGUUGCCCGUUUGCGAGCAAAUGCGAAUAGACGGUUUUGCGUCGGACGUUUAUGACAAAUCGCAGCACAACGUCAUCUACGAGACACCCCUUUUGGCCAGAAAGGAUUACGAAACCAUCCGCAGUAGCAAAGUUACAGACGCAAAGUGCGCCAUGUCCGUUAAGGAAUUCGGACGCAGUGACUCGGAACGGGGAUCGUUGAGCAGUCUGGAAAUAGAUGUUAGACCAACCGAAUACUCCACCAGAGAUAGCGUUACAUCAUUGCAUUACAGGAGUCUGCAAACCCAAAACGCUUUGCCUGUGGCAAUCACGGAUAGUCCGACAAGAUCAAAACAACUAUUGCAGUGCUCAGACGUACCGUCGAGAAAACGCUAUCACACCGCUCCCCGUGAAAAACACCGAAUGGCUCCACCACCCGUGUCGUGGAACAUCAGUCCGAGCAUGGGCCAGGCUUAUAAGUGCCGUGAAGCAGACAUUGUGCAAAUCCCUCGGUAUUGCUUGAACGUGGUCAGCAAACUGGGCGGUUCUCAUCUAGGCGACGUGGCCAUCUGCGAGACCACGGAUAUCAGCAUAACGGAAAAUGGGAGGGUGGUGGCUAAGACAUGCCCUGCUGGAUCCACUAGAGAAGUGAAAUUCUUGUGUAGUCUUCUCGAUCCCAACCUAGUACGCGUGUUUGGCGUGUGUGCUAACGAGUCGCCUCCGUGGCUCAUCACCGAAUAUCCCGCCGAGCUGGGUGAUCUGGUCAUCGUAUUAAGAACACAUUCGACCCUAACAUACACGACAUUGAUGUUUAUGGCUACUCAAAUAGCGUCGGCCAUGAAGUACCUCGAGUCAAAAAACGUUGUUCACAAAGAUUUAGCGGCCAGGAACUGUCUGGUUUCGAGGGGCUAUUCAAUUAAAGUAGCCGAUAUAGCAGUGUGCAAUCCGGCGUACAAGAAGGACUACAGCGAGAUUGGAAACCGACCUCCCGCACCGAUUCGAUGGCUCCCGUGGGAAAGCAUACUGCUGGAUCGAUAUACUUGUCCCAGCACGGUAUGGUCCUUCGCGGUAACAAUGUGGGAGUUGCUGAGUAUGGCUCGAGACAAGCCGUUUCCGCACCUCACCAACGAACAAGUAAUACACAACGCCGAGCAAAUGUAUUACGGAGGCGAGUUGCAAGUACUUCUGCCCAAGCCCAACUUGUGCCCAACAGAGAUAUACGAGCUCAUGUGUGAAUGCUGGAAACGCGAUCAAAACCACCGGCCCACAUUCAAACAGCUCUAUCACUUCUUGAAACGCAACCAUACCACUUAUUCGUGUGAAAUCGACAAACAACUACAUAACAUCUCACCUGUUUAAUUACAACAAAAUUAUGUCACUCGCGUUUUUAUAGAUUUAUUUAAACAUCUUGUUAGUGUACAAAAAAAACCUGUAAACAUUAUUAUCGUUAUAACUUUUAUCUUUCCUUUACCUGCUCUGUCCUAAAUUAAAAAAAAAAAAAACAAAUUAUACCACUAAUCAUAUUCCAAAUAA